AUGGCGAGAGAAAGAGGGAGAAAGACGCAUGGCCUCUUUUCCUCCUUUCAUAAAACGGAAAUUCCUCCAAAUGUAACAGCCACGGGCGACUUCCUGUUCGCCCUGUUACGGUUUUUCCUCCGCGAGCGGCUGGAGCGGCCGCGUCAGCCUACAAUGCACUCAGGUUUCGGUACAGGAAAUAUGAAGAGCGUUUUGAUCACGGGGGCUUCGGGACUGCUCGGCCGAUCGCUGGUCAGGGCUUUUGACGCGGCGGCGUCGUGGACCGUGGUCGGGCUGGCGCACAGCAGGGUGUCUGGUCAGCUUGUGAAGGCCGAUUUGACCGACGUGCAGGACACCGCACGCAUCGUCCAGAAAUAUAAGCCAAACGUGAUCGUCCACUCAGCCGCCCAACGGUUCCCGGACAAGGUGGAGAACGACUACGCCGCUAGCUACGAGCUCAACGUGACGGCGUCCAAAAAUCUAGCAACUUUGGCCGACGCAGAAGGAGCUGCCUUCAUUUUCAUCAGCACCGACUACGUGUUCGACGGCCGGAGUCCCCCCUAUCAAGAAGCAGACGAGCCCAACCCGCUGAACAAGUACGGCAAAACCAAGGCUGAAGCUGAGAAAGCUGUGCUCGCCGCAAAGCCAGAUGCCAUCAUCCUGCGGAUACCUGUCCUCUACGGCGGCGAAGAAUACGACGCCGAAAGCGCGGUGUCCGUCCUCUUGCAGCUGUUCAAAGACUCCACAAAGAAGACCAAGGUUUCCGACUACGAAAUUCGCUACCCAUCGCACACGCAGGACAUCGCCUCCAUUGUUGUGCAACUUUCGGAACGGCGACUCCUGGACAGCGGCGUGGCCGGCGUCUUCCACUGGUGCGGUCUGGAGCCCCUGACCAAGUUCCAGAUGGUUCUGAUCAUGGCGGAGGUCCUGAACCUCGGACACGACCACCUGAGUCCAGACCGGGCUCCCAGCCAGGGGGCCCCCCGGCCGCACGACUCCCGCCUCGAGUGCGGCAGGCUGCGGGACCUGGGCAUCGGACAGCACACCCGCUUUUCGGAAGGGGUCAAGUCAUUUGCCAGGUUCCUACAGUGAAACUUUCGAUUAAAGUGUGUGCGUUUUUGUGUGUUCCACUUAGCGGAUCACGAGUAGUG